AGUGGCAGUGAGGUGGGGGCUGGUCCACAGCUGUUGUAGUAGGCAGGGUCUAUCGGGGUAUAGGAAGCCUGCCUCAUUCGCCCUGGAACAAUGGGAGACAUGGCAGCCUCUGCAGACAGCACACACACACACACACACACACACACACACACACACAAUGCACAUGCCCAAGGACGGGCCUUCUCUUCUAGCCGUGUAGCGUAGAGGAAACCGGCUUCCUCCGUCACACUCGCAGGUUUGACGGCUUGCUUUGAAUGGGGAGGGAAAUAAUCUCCUCCGCAACCGGAAAACAGAAAUGUAAGGUUGUGGCCUUUCUGUCUCUCCUGGUUUUUUUCCCUCUCUCUCCUUCCCUUUUGGUGCCUUUUACAUUUCACUCUGCUGUGAGGAGACCUCGGAUGCGCUGACUGAAUGACUGAAAAGGCAGCAGGAGAAAGCUCCCUGGUGCUGUUGUUGGGAGACAGAGGUGCCUGACAGGAGACGGACUCCUCUUCAAGGAUCAUAAGAGAGCUGAAACCACAGAUGAGAACAAUGUCUGAUGAGACAGAACAGAGAAUGUGUGAGGAGGACUUCGGUACGGACGAGGAGGGCGAGGAGGCAGACGUGGAGUCGUACCUGGAGGACAACAGCAGCGAGCUCGUGGACCGACUGCGAGAGCUGGAGGCAGAAAACUCGGCUCUAAUGUUGGCAAAUGAGAGUCAGAGAGAAGCUUAUGAGAGAUGUUUGGAUGAGGUGGCCAACCACGUGGUCCAGGCUCUGCUGAAUCAGAAGGAUCUGAGAGAGGAGUGCAUCAAGCUGAAGAUGUUGGUGUUUGAUCUGGAGAGACAGAACCGAGCGCUUUGUGAGCUUUUCCAACAGAAACUGCCCAACCACCCCACAGCCCACUACCAGGUCCAGGCGGGACCCCUCCCAGACUACAAUGCACAGCUGCACAAUGACUCUGCCAAACAGGUGGAGCCUGCACAGACUGAAGCACAAGCCAAGGGAAACGGCUACCGCACACAGCACGCCUCUCCGGGCCCUCGCGGCCCCGCGGCCUCCAUGGAGGCGCUGUCCCCCUUUUUCAAGAAGAAAGCACACAUCCUGGAGGUCCUCCGUAAGAUGGAGGAGACGGACCCUCUCAAGUUCCACCCGUCCACCACGAGCCUGUCGUUCUGCGACUACAGCCAGGUGCUCAUGUCCACUGAGGCCGUUUUGGCCGCCGCAGAGCCCCUCCCCCUGCAGACGCACCACACGCACUGUCACUGCUCGCGCACGGACACCGAAGCACACCAACAUGUCAACGGCGACGGCGGGGCGGUGAAGUGCGAGGGCGGGAACACCUGCUGUUUACACUGCAAGAGGAGCCCAGAGAGUCCCCCGAAGACAUGCAACCAAGUCUGUAGUCCUCCUAAAGCAAACUCCGCCCCCCAGAGUCGCCUCGCCCCCGCAGCUGCUACAAGCGAAUGUCACAUUAAGAGCAGAACGGUGGAGGCCGCUCCCUCGUCUAAACAAUGCACAAAGAAUCAAGCCCACCAGCAACCAGCAGGCGGCGCCGCCGCCGCCCAUCCCUCCGUCCCCUCGGAUCAGAUCCCAGAGCGGAUGGAGGAGCAGGAGGAACCUGAGAGUUUUCUAAACGUCUCCGUAGAGCUCACUGGUUUCACUCCUGUGAAGGACAGCGAGCAGAUCUCCCACUGUGACGCAGAAGCGAGCGACGGCGUUCAAAACGGCGUGGCCUCCUCGCUCGACGACCCCUCGGCCAUCCCCGAGAAGGACGUCCCCGAUCAUCAGGAGGCUCCGUCCGUGAGAGCGGGCGCCUCCGUCAGCCCCAGCCCGUCCUGCCUCAGCGACGUCAAAGCCGCCGCCAUCAACUCGCCGUCCAAGCUGCUCAAGUUCCUGAAGAUCCCCUCGAUCGGCGAGAAGUCUCAGGCCGCGACCUCCGCCGCCGCCGUCCACCUGAGCCCCCAGCUCACGCGCAGCUCCCGGAUCCCGUGUCGCACCAACAACUACGAGGUGUACCACUCGCCCGUCCCCACGCGCAGAGCCACGACCACGGAGAGGUGCAGGCAGCCCCCUCCCCCGCCCUGCAGGUCUGAGUCUUACCCCGCCACGCACUCGGCCCCGACCUCCCCGCCGCAGCCCGAAGACGUCUGCGCCCAACCCGUCAAAGACACAAGCUACAGCAGCGUCUCGCCGCCUAAAGCUGGCUCAAAGAUGGCCGCCCCCUCCUCCUCCUCCUCCUCCCCCAAAGUCUCUCAGAGGAUUCCUCAUUAUGAAAACGUCUGUAACAUAUCCAGAGAGGAGGAGCCGGCGCCGAGCCUCGAGAAGAGGACCACGCUUCCCUCCCAAGCGAAGGCGAACGGCGGCGGCGAGAGGAAGCUUGUGAAAUCGCUGCCGGAGAGCGUCCUCAUCCCAAGUCCCCAGAGGAAGCAGUCGUCCUCGACCGCGUCCGAUUCCACGUCGGACGAGGAGGAGGACUCGGACAGCCCGGUGUGGGUGAACCACCACAGCCUGCCCAGCUCGUCCGCCCUCGGGAAGGCUCAGAGCCGAGCCAGCUACUCCCAACCGCGAGAGAGACAGGAGGUCGACAUCGCCGCGCAGAGCUCCGAGGUCGUCCAGCCGCAAGCUCCGCCUCCACCUCCAGUCAGGAGGAGCGACUCUUCUUCCAUCCCCAAGAGGCCGACGUCCGGCGCAGGGAGGUCCCAGGCCGAUUCCAGUCACCACGCGUUUAAAGACAGACUGGCGGCGCUGGGGAAACUGAGGAGCUCCGAGGAUUUGCAGGUCGGUCUCAGGCCGGUGGAGAAUGUGAACGAGGGCUCGUACGCGGAGGAGAGGAGUAAGAUAGCGGAGAGGCCGAUGGAGGAGCAGAGACAUUCAAAGUACGCAGACUCUCUGGACAGCAAACCAAAAGUUGCCAGCGUUGGUUUGAAGUACCCUCAGAUGUACGAGCAGGCGGUGAAGUCUCAGCCGAAACAAGAACUGUGCGUGACAAAGAUAGAAGCGUCCAAGAGUAAAAUCGGUCUGCCGUCGCCGAACGCAGACGCUCCGCAGGUUCUGCGCAACAACAUCAAAUGUCCCGGUUCUCUCAAUCUGGCCUACAACCUCAAAGCGGGUCCUCACAGUAGCAACAGCCCCAACAAAAUCCCCCCGAAGUCGCCGUCCAAGCCGUGCCAGCCGACGUCCGUCCACAGGGCGGGGAAGCCGACGGAGGCUCCGCGGUACUCGUCCAAAUCCGAAGAGCGGACGAAGAUCAGCGGGAAAGGGAAGAAGAAUCCGAUGUACGGAGACAGCCUGCCGCCGCCUCCUCCCAGACCUCCGUCCGAGGCGGAGAAGCCGCCCCCGGCGCCGAGCCCGCAGUCGGCCAUCGAGCAGAAAGUGAUGAAGGGCAUCGAGGAGAACAUGCUGAAGCUGCAGGAGCAGGACCGAGGCGUGCAGAGCGGCGAGGUGAAGCAGAAAGCCUCCAACGGCAUCGCGAGCUGGUUCGGGCUGAAGAAGAGCAAGCUGCCCGCGCUGAGCCGCAAGGCGGACGCCGGCAAGUCGAAGGACGAGAAGAAGGAGUGGAAGAUCAACAUCCCGUCGGUGGGCAGGGACUCGGUGAAGAUGGCCACCCGGUGCAAAGAGGGCGUGGAGGGUCUGAACAUCUCCACGCUGAUGGAGAAGGCGGAGGGGCUGAGGAGGGCCCUGGAGGAGGAGCGGGCAUACGUGGAGAGGUCGGGCAGAGGUCACUCCUGCGAGGUGGUGAUGGACCCGUCUCAGGGGCAGCUGGCCGUCAUGUACAGAGGAGCGCGCUCCGAUAACUUCAUGCAGCAGCUGCUGAACAGAGUGGACGGGAAGGAGAUGAUCAGCGUCCCGCAGCGCCGGCUGUCGUUCGACUGCAAGACCUCCAAACCGAUGUUCAGUCAGCAGAGCGACGUCAUCAGCCGGGACGACAUGGAGAAGGGAUCAGACAGAAUCGGCAAGAUCACGUCAGAUGAAAACCUCGCCGAGUCGGUUCACUCUCAACACUUUGCAGGUUCCGGUGCUUCCACGUACACCCUGGACAGCGGCAUCGGUACGUUCCCCCUCCCCGACUGCAGCAGCGGUGCGGCGGGACGCGGCCUGUCCAAGUCGAGGGCCGGCGCGGACCACCACUCCUCGGGGUCCCCGGGGAGGGCCGGGAGACGGGCUCGCACCCUGGAGCGAGACCUGACGUCGCAGGAGGAGUGCUACACACCGCACAAACAGCUGAUCCCCACAAUCCAGUACGGCUCGGUGAUGGAGGGGAGGAGCUCCGUCGGCGUCAUCCGUGAAGACAAAGAAGCUCACGGAGCCAACAUGUUCUCCCCGCGCUCCAAGACCUGGACCUUCCCCAACCUGAAGACCCCUGCAGGCCCUGCAGAGGUUUACCUGGCAGUGGAGGAGGAGGAGGAGGAACCCGUGUCCUUUGGAUCACCAUUCAGAGGGGGCAUGAAGGCCGGCGGCCCGUCCUCCAGCCGGGUGGUUGACCCGGGCAGCCUGCCCGUCCCGACCCAGUCCGGAAUAAGCCGCAGGGGGAAGAUUCGCACUCCCAGCGUCCCAGAAAUGAGCCGCGAGGCCGGCUUGGAGCUGCUCAGGGAGCGACCUGAGGAAGCCAUCUCCCCGAGUCGCCCUCAGGUCCUGGAGACCCCCGAGUCCCUCAGCGACUCUCUGUACGACAGUCUGUCGUCCUGCGGCAGCCAAGGGUGAGCCGGCCAAGGACGGGGGAGGGGAGGGGGGAGGAGACAAUAAGAGCCAGCACCGCUCUCCACACGCCUCCUGGUUGGUUAAACUUUGAUGCUGCUGACCAGCCGCCACAUUUUGAGGGAAAGAAGAAGAAACUGUGCCCCCCUUUGAUAUCCGCAGGAAUAUUGUGGCAAUGAAGCCGUUUUUUUUUUUUUUGUUGCAACUGGAAGGAUGGAUCGAUGUGACUUCUCCUCAGGAUUUUCAAAUAAAGAUGAAGCCAAAAGCCACCAAAAUGAAACAGGUCGUUCACCUUUUUUCACAAUCAGACUCGACUGUGGACACGUUCUCUUUGACUCAUGUGUACAGGACUACAAAAACCGCAUGGCUAAGCUAAUGAUUAGCACAAAAAAAAGGGUCACUCCUGGUAGAUGUUCAGCGACCUGUCUUCUGUUUCUCUGACGGAUUCUUUUUGUUCUGCGCUGACGUUCUGUACUGUAUCGAUGCGUUCAUCAUCAUCGUCAUCAUUUCCACACAUAAUGUAUUUAAAACGAAAACAUGAAGCUCCUUUAAAAAAAAAAAAAGAAUGUCCAUGUCUGUGAUUCUUUGUUGCUGAAGUCAUGCAUCACCAUUUUAAAAAUGUACAAACGAUUUUAUUGCUCAUGUUGAUAUCGUUUCCAAGACCGAUGAAGGUUGUCAGAAAAUGUCUGUUUUUUUUAAAUCAUAAAACAUUUAAAGGUAAUAUAUACCAGCAAUAAUAACAUAGAGAAGAGAAAUGGCUACACUAUUCAAUGAAAAUGUAUUUCUAUUAUUUAUUUAUUUGAAUGUUGCAUCGUUUUUGUUUUUGUAAUCUUUCUGUGAAUCCUGCGGCGUCCUCGCUUCCUAGAUUUGGUUCAUAUCUGGUGUUUCAUCUUCUCUGUUGCUGUUCGUUCCCUAGCCGAUAGAGGUCCUAUGUACCUACUGCCGUUUUUUCAACUUUCUAAUUAAAAUGUUUUCAUUUAGUUC